GGAAGCCCGGCGACAGGGGGCGCCCCGGAGCCACGGGGAGACCGCGAGGCGCCGACUGGAGCCUGCAGGCGGUGCUGCCCCUGCUUCCCACCUCCCCGCGCCCCACCCCGAGGCUGGGGCUUCGGAGGAUGCAGCUGGCAAAAACAGUUAUUCAAAGGAAUGAGGACAUCAGGAGCAACAUAAUUAAAACACACGGCAAAUGACUGAGUUUUUCUUGGCUCUUGACAAAUCAACAGAAAACCUUUGGUACCUAACUAAGAAAAUGCAGAAGAUCUUGCAAACAGAGGAAAUUACCAAUACCCAAGCUCUUAGAAAAGGAAAGAGGAAAAGGACGGAGACGAUGGACUCAGAGAAUGCGAACAGUGACCUGGAUAAAUGGCAGAGAGACCCGUAUUCGGGAAAUGCCUUUCUGCCCGGUGAGAGCUCCAGUGAGGAUGAAGACCCUCUAGCAGAAUUGUCGAAGGAGGAAUUGUGCACAAAAAUAAGAGGCCUGAAACAAAAACUAACAAACAUCCGGAAAGAAAACAGCCGCCUUCGACAGUCUUUGGUCAUGCUUCAAGUUUUACCACAAGCCGUCACCCAGUUUGAAGAAUUGGUUGGUAUGGCGGAGGCCCUGCUCAAGGGUGGAGGAACCCUGUCCACGUCUGCGUCCACCCUCUGGAGAGCAACAAAUAACUCCUCACCAGAUUCAUUUGCCUCCACAUGUAGUAAUUCUAAUUCUAAUUACAGUUCACCAAUUUCCUUGAAAACUGAGGAGGAGCAUCACGUGGAUGAGAAACAGUUCAAGAUUGAAAAAUGGCAGAUUGCCCGUUGCAACAAGAGCAAGCCUCAGAAGUUUAUUAAUGAUUUAAUGCAAGUGCUCUACACAAAUGAAUACAUGGCCACACACAGCCUGACGGGGGCAAAAUCCUCUACUUCAAGGGACAAGGCAGUGAAACCAGCUAUGAAUCAGAAUGAAGUUCAAGAAAUCAUAGGAAUCACAAAACAAUUAUUUCCCAACACAGAUGAUGUUUCAAUUAGGAGAAUGAUAGGGCAAAAGCUAAACAAUUGUACCAAGAAGCCAUAUUUGAGCAAAAAUCUGAACUCUCAGGAUAUUAAGUAGAUCCUUUCGGUAUUAUAGUUACCUGAAACAAAAGAACCUUCAGUAGUAAAUCUAACAUUGGAUUUUGCUGGAGACUCUGCAGCCUCCCUGGCAGUGAGCACAGGGACAGGUGCAGUGAGUGACAGGCUGGGAGAAACCUGCGACAUUGUUGGGCCGCCCUGAUGGAGCACAAGCUUGUGAAGAAGCUGCAUGUAGAUUUCACCCUCAGUACCAGAGGCAUCAAACCAGAGAAUUUCUAGCAGGCCCAUGAGCAUGCAAUAUGGUUUCUUGGAAAUAUGCACUUUCCCACCCCAAAGUGGUCCUUUGUACAGCUAAACUAACAGGACAAUCAGAGCUCUUACCCUAGCAACAAAAACUUUAACCCCUAAGAUUCAUCAUUGUCCUAAUCAAUCCCUGUACGUUUAUUAUUACCAAUGACUCUCCAUUUUAGCUUUUGGAUCUUUAGUAUAAGCACAUGUUUGGAAAAGUAAACAGUGAAAUAAUCAAUGUUCACAAACAUGACAGCAGCAAAAUCAGCCUAAAAUCUGAUAAUCAUAUCUAAUGAAGUAACAGAGUUUUGGCAAUAAGAUUACAGGAUUAUUCUGUUACAUAAAAUUGUAUAAAAUAAGAAUCUGAAAAAAUUAGAACAGCAAGACCUUUUUAUUUGAAUAUUAAACUAUUCCACUGUGCUCCUGAAAAAGAAAUAAACCCAAGUUUUCGUGAUUGCUAAAACAAUGCAUCAACUUUUUAAAAAAUCUUUUUUCAUGUUUGUUUGUUUACAUGCUUCUUUUUAUUGCCCAAAGUAUAUUAAAUAUGCAUGUGUAAUACAAAACAUCACACUGCUACAUUGCUUAGUUUUAACUGAUUUGUUUUCAUAGUAUCAGAAGAGAAAAUAAUUGAAAACAAAAUCAUAUGGGUUUAGUAAUCACACAUAUAUACAAAUACCAUUUUGUAAAUGAAUAAAAGAUAAAACAUUCUUUAUCAACAGGCCUCUCGUUUGAUAUCAGGUUGUCACACGUGACAACUGUACAAUGUCAAGCCAUGCUUCUUCAGUGCACAAGGCCAUGUUCAAACUUGGAAAGGAGGAUGAUUAUGAUGGUUAAAAAGUCCAGCACUGUGGACCCAGGAACAUUCCAUAAAUGUUGCUUGAUAACAAUGUGGUUGUACAAAAUAAAUAUUCUUAAGGAAAUAACUUAUGUUAACAUUUGCUACUUUUACUUAAAUAUAAAUAAAUCCCAUUGAAAACAUAAAAAGUAUUUGCUUUUUUCUUAUUAAUGUAUAAAAUCCAGGGAGAAAAUCAUUUUCUAGGCUGAUGGCUUCUUUACAUAAUACAGGGGUGCCUGUAUCUUUUCGAAUUAGAGUUUUGUCUGGGUAUAUGCCCAGGAGUGGAAUUGCUGGAUCCUACGGCAACUGUAUUUUUAGUUUUUUAAGGAACCUCCAUACUGUUCUCCAUAAUGGCUGCACCCAUUUACAUCCCCACCAACAGUGUAGGAGGGUUCCCUUUUCUCCACACCCUCUCCAGCAUUUAUUAUUUGUAGACUUAUUAAAAAGAUUAAAAAAACCUAAAAAUAUAAAAAUAAAAAGCUUCAUAUAUUGAACGAUCAUAUAUGCUUGUCAAAUAAGAGCUGAGGUGAAUUUUUUUUAAUUCAGUGUCUGCAACGUCAUUGUCUGCUCUCUGGGUUUCAAUUUUGUGGUCACCUGAUAGACCAUCCACUGGAAGUGUAUGUCCAUGUUCAUUCUGUGGGCUCUGGUCAUUGUGAGGUGGAGCCUGGGCAGGGCUAAUCAUCCUGGGGGUCAAUAACAAAUAUCAGUGCUCCUGUUCCCUGGUUAUAGUCAAAUACAGGGUCAAAAAGUCAACGUGUCUCAGGAAGUCCCAAAUCUGAAAAUUAACAAAGCAGUUAAAACCUACAGCUAACAUUAUACUUCAUGAUGGAAGACUGAAUACUUUCCCUUUAAAGUCAGAAACAAGUCAAGAAUGUUCAUUCUCACCACAUAUAGUCAAGAUUAUUUUGGAGCUUCUAACUAGUUCCAUAAACCAAGGAAAGAAAUAAAAGGUAUUCAGGGGACUUGCUUGGUGGUGCAGUGGAUGACUUCACACUCCAAAUGCAGGGGGCCUGGGUUUGAUCCCUGGUCAGGGAACUAGAUCCCACAUGCAUGCCACAACUAAGGAGCCCAUGAGCCACAAUUAAGGAGCCCAUGAGCCACAACGAAGGAGCCUGUGAGCCACAACUAAGGAGCCUGCCUGCCACAACUAAGACUUGGUGCAACCAAAAAAAAGAGUCAGUGG